UACAUAUAAAUACCGAGGCAGCCACCCACUCCUCCAUUAACAAAGCCCAUCCAACAAACAAACCUUGAGGCGCCUGGCUGACAGAGAAGAGACACAAGCCGAGGUAACCGGCUCUAGCUUUGCCUCACGCUUGUCCCGGGUGGCCGGCCAAGCAUGGCCACCGUGGGGCAGCCUGGCGCCCUGAGGAGGAUCACCGUGCACUAUGCCAACUCGCCCACGCGCAGAAUAGGAGACGCGGACCUUGACGACCUAGACGACGACCUGCUCCAGUUCGUGCUUGCUGAUCUUCUUCCUGGCCAGGAGGGUUUGCACCAAUCGAUCUUGGAAGAAGCAUCCAGCAACCAAAACCACAUGAGAGGUGCUCCAUCUGAGAAUUCACAGUCACAGCACUACCAUGGGGAGAGCAGCACUGCUGCUGCAGCAUCAGCGACUGCUUCCGGAACUUCAGGAACGGAAGAACAGAUCGCCUCGGACUUUGAGUACGCCAAGCGGCUGCAGGAGAUGGAGGACCUGAGCAUCGAAGAUGACGAUAUCAGUUGCGUGCCCUCUCCAUCAGACUCUGACGAUGACCAUGACCAUAACGACGAAGAGGCUGAAAGGCAGGAUGGCAAUGAUGAUGAUCCAGACAACAUGACUUAUGAGCAAAGGCAGGCACUCGUGGAAGCUGUGGGGACUGAGGACAGAGGUUUACCUGAUGAGCUCAUUUCCUAUCUGCAGACAUGGAAGUACAAGGCUUCAGGGUUUUUCUCCAGGAAGACAAACCAUGAAGACUGUCCUAUCUGCCUGUCUACUUUCAGACACCGAGAAAAUAUGAUAACAUUGCCGUGCAAGCAUUACUACCACGCAGCUUGUGUCACCAAAUGGCUCAAGGUCAAUAAGACCUGCCCUGUCUGCAAAUAUGAACCGUUUGGACCUUGCUAGCAUGUGGCCACGAAGCUGAUAGACGAUGACGUCACACCCAGCUUGUUGCAUCAGCUAUUCAGCGACCUUUUUAGUGCCAAGUAAACUGAAAAUGAAAAAAAAAAGAAUCAAAAGUUAAUCCAAAAGGGAAAAAAAAAUAGCAAAUAUAGAUGUUUGAUCACUCAGGGAAAAGACAAUCACAAUCUUAUAUUCUUAAGAAUCACAAUCACGUAUUUUUCUUUAACGUUUGGAUUUUUGGCUUGUGGAAAUGUACUUAAGAAUCACAAUCUUAUAUAUGUGAGAAGAUUGUUUUUCUUUCUUUGCCA